AUGACUCACCUGCUCUGUACCUUACUUUCACUGUUUUCCUUUGCUGCCCUACUGGAAGCUGUGCAGUGGAAACUUCAGGAAAAUGUGUAUGUCAUAGAAUCUGAGUGGAAUGCUGAGACACCAGCUACGAGAGUGGAGCUCACCUGUAACUCACCUAAUGAAGCAGUUUACUGGAAAAAGGACUCUGAAUGGAAAGGAAAAGGAAAGACACUGAUUGCUGAAGUGAAGGAGUUCCCAGAUGCUGGAAACUACACCUGUCUGGCAGAGAAUACCCAUGAAAUCCUCAGCUAUAAUUUCUUCCUCAUAAGCAAAAUUGACUCCAGUGGGCAAAUGAUAAGGUCGAUUCUGAAAAGCUUUAAAGAGCCAAAGCGGACAUUUUUAAAAUGUGAGGCAAAGAACUACUCUGGAAUUUUCAUGUGUUCAUGGAUGACAGAAAAUGAGAAUCCAAAUGUGAAGUUCACCAUCAAAAGUCUAAAAGGCCCUCAGGGAGAUGUGACCUGCAGCAGCCCCGUGGCUCACACCGAUGGAUCAGUGACCAAAUACACGUCCCAGUGCCGCAAAGAAAACUACUGUCCCUUUGCUGAAGAGCACCAGCCCAUUGACAUGUUCCUGGAGGUCAUCGAUGAGGUGGAAUAUGAGAACUACACCAGUAGCUUCUUCAUCAGAGAUAUCGUAAAACCUGACCCACCCCAAUGUCAGUAUGUGGCCACAAAUGGAAUGGUGACCUGGGAAUAUCCCAAAACAUGGAGCACCCCGAAGUCCUACUUCCCUUUGACUUUUAAGGUCAAAGUUAAAAGCGCGAAGAAACGCAAAACCCAGGUCAUCUAUGAUACUGAUGAACAGUCAUUCCACCUUCCAAACACUGGGCCAAAGGAUGAGAUUUCCGUGCAGGCCAGGGAUCGUUAUUACCACUCAUCCUGGAGUGACUGGUCUUCACUCUGCAGGUAA